AUGCCCUCUUGGAUCGCCGCCCUCGCUGCAACCGCUGCCUUGGUGCAACCCCAUGUUCAGAAUGGAUUGAACAACAAUACCCUCGCCAGUGUCCGUACUAGAUUGCUGCAGACUGCAAACCACAGCUGGGAGCUUGGUACGGCUGCACAGGCCUUGACUGAGUUUUCAUGGCCGUCGCUGUCCGUAUUCAAUGCGAGUGCUUUCCCCCCACCAGCUCAGCUCAACGCGACCAACAACGCGUCCGACGUUCUGGCGAUAGCUCGCAAGGUCGUCGCUGAAAAGCCGGCAGAUUCGCUCCCGCUAUUCGCUAACGAAGGUUCAGCUGCUGAUCCUGCCAGUGUCGGUGUCGCGGUUCUCCUUGCCAACUGGACACGUUCAGACCUGUCAGAUAAUAGCUAUGCCGCCGCGGCUCAAGGCCAGCUCGUUUAUCUCCUCGAGCAAGCACCAAAGACUGCGGAAGGAGCCAUAUCACAUAGGAAUGAGCAAGUACAACUCUGGGCUGACUUCGUGUACAUGGUCCCUCCCUUUAUUGCCUAUUACGGUGCUCUGCAAGGUGGCAAGGCAGCCGAAGACCUUCUCCAGGAAGCAUAUGAUCAGUGCCGGCUAUAUCGCGACGGACUUCGGGACGAAGGUGGAUUGUGGAGACACAUCGCUCUCGGUGACUGGCAAGACGCUACCCAUUGGGGUACUGGAAACGCAUGGGCUGCUGCCGGUAUGCUCCGCGUGCUCUCAACGAUAGACCACUCCAAGCAAGCAAGGCUCUUCGUUGAGCAACGUCAGAACCUCACGAACUGGAUCCAAGAGAUUCUCGUGGCCUCAUGGUCGCAUCAGGCACCCAACGGCACUUUGUUCAAUGUUAUUGAUGAUCCAAGCACGUUCGCUGACACUUCGUCCACCGCUUUGUUGGCCGCCGUUACGUACCGCAUGGCCCAGAUCUCGAGAAAUGCGACGUUAGUUCCCUUCGCCAACAAGGCCCUCAAGUUGAUUGAAGACAGCAUCGACGAAGAUGGAUGGCUCGCAAACACGGUUGAUCCUCUCACCUUCAACACUCCUUCGAAACCGGGAGAACACAGUCCAGAGGGUCAAGCAUUCGUUCUCCUCCUCCAUGCCGCAUGGAGGUCGUAUAAGAAUUUCCUAGAAUCACUCACUAACUGA